UUUUUUUUUUUUUUAGUGCGGAGGGAUACGGUGUUGCGUCUGACAAUGUGGACGGAGGUGGUGAAGAUGUCUACGAGAAGAAUGAAAUCAUCUCAGUUGUAACAACAAAAAAGGAAGACGCGAGAUUAGUUACUAUAAUAGAUUUGUUUGCACACAGACUUGUUACAUUGAAGCAAACACGUGGGCUGCUGUGUGAAAAACAGGCUUUUUUUUUACCGGGACAAAAGGAAAAGACAUCUACGGUGCUCCAAUGCGUUUCAUGCACUGAGGUCGAAAUUCUCUUGAAGUUUUAUGUUUUUCCCCUCGCGAGUCUCCGCUUUUCUUUUUACUGUUGGAUAUCAGACACUUGGAGAGGAGAGGGUUUAUUAGAGACUGAAGGGUAUGAACGAACAGCAGCAAAGAAUGGCUGCAGUGGGAACUGACAAGGAACUCAGCGACCUCCUGGAUUUCAGUGCGAUGUUCGCGCCUCCAGUAGCCAAUGGGAAGAACAGGACAAUGACACUCGCCAGCAGUCAGUUUGGUGGAUCAGCAAUAGAUGAGCGCAGCGGCUCUGGGUCUUGGGGAUCGGCAGAACAGAACAGCCCCUCUUUCAGCCAAGGACGGGGCUAUGCUGAAGGAUCCCACUACAAUGACCAUGAAGGCUUGUCCUCUCCGUUCAUCAGCUCAGGGGUCGCAGGUAAAAAUGAGAGGCCACCAUACCCUCCCUUUGGAAGCCAGCCUGGUUUUCUUCCUAGCGACAUAGCAAUGCCCAGCCCAGAUGCCAUGUCCCCCUCUGGCCUGAAAUCUGGCUCCCAGUUUUACCCGUCAUACCCCAACAACCCCAGGAGAAGGCCGCCUGAUGGAGGCAUAGACACCCAGCCAAAGAAGAUUCGGAAACCCCCUGGCCUGCCGUCCUCGGUGUAUGCUUCCACAUCUGGUGAUGAGUAUACCAGAGACAAUGGAGGAUAUCCCGGUGCUAAGCCUGGAGCUGUCUACCCUGGCUCUUUCUAUAUGCAAGAAGACCCCUGGUCGUCUUCUGGCUACUCUGCCAUGCUGGGUAACUCUCCUCACAUUGGACAGCCAGGCUCCUUCUCUGCAAUUAACCCACAGGACAGGAUGAAGCGUCAACCCCUGCCUCUGUCCCCACAGAACUAUCCUCUGCACGGCAGCGAAGUCAACGGCUUCCACUCAGCCCCCACCACAUACAAUCACACACCCGCCAUCAACGGAGAAGGCAUCAUGGCCAACCGAGGCACCACAGCUGGCAGUUCAGGAGAUGAAAUUGGGAAGGCUCUUGCCUCAAUUUACCCAUCGGACCACAACAGUAAUAACUUCUCCUCAGCUCCAUCUACUCCUGGAUCUCCUCAGGCAAUUGCAGCAGGAGCUCAGUCUCAGUGGCAAAGACCAACCACACCCAACUAUGAAGGGCAACCACACGCACUGCAGAGUAAAUUGGAGGACCGUUUGGAGGAGGCCAUCCAUGUACUGCGUAGCCACGCUGUGGGCCAGGGCCCUGGCUUAGAGGGCGCCCACUCCGACAUGCACAGCCUGCUGUCCUCAGUACACAACGGGGGCCUCGGGGGCCUCUCUCCAGCUUUCCCCAAUGCUAGCCUUGCCCUCAGCAACAGACAUCCUGCUAUGCAGGGAGGGAAACACGAGGAGCCCACAGGCCUUCCACCCAGCAGCACUCUUCUGCACGCUCAUCACGCAUCCGGACCCACACCGUCAGCUGGCCAACCGGAAGGCUUUACCAGUCUCCCGGGUGGCCUGACCCGCUCCACACACUCCUCCAGCAGCUCGGACAUCAAAAGAGAAGACAAAGAGGAUGAUGAAAACUCAUCUGUUGCAGACAAGUCAGAUGACGAAAAGAAGGAGUCCAAGGCAGCGCGCAUUCGAACAAGAAAGGAGGCGUUGACCCUCCAGAUGCUCUCUAGCCUUUCAGACCAGAAAGAUGAUCCAGAAGAGGAUGACGAAGACCUUCCCCCUGAGGUGAAGAUGGAGCGCGAGAGGGAACGGCGAGUGGCUAACAAUGCCCGCGAGCGUCUCAGAGUACGGGAUAUCAACGAGGCAUUUAAGGAGCUUGGGAGGAUGUGCCAGCUGCACCUCAGCCAUGACAAACCUCAGACCAAACUUCUCAUCCUGCACCAAGCUGUCAAUGUCAUCCUCAAUUUAGAACAACAAGUCAGAGAGCGUAACCUUAACCCCAAGGCAGCAUGUUUAAAACGCCGUGAGGAGGAGAAGGUGUCUGGGGUGGUGGGCGAAGCACCCAUGCAGCUCUCAGGAGGCCAUGCUAGUAUGGGAGGAGAUGGCCACAACCCAGUUGGCCACAUGUAACACCAGGCAGGCCUUCAAGAUUGGCAACUAAAAUCUGGUGGUGUUUCCUUGGCUGUCAGAGGAUGUGGCCUUAACAGAUUUCUUCCACCCAUUAUUCUCAGUGUGUGUGUGUAUAUGUGGACAUGUCUGUGUAUUGUCCGUUCAAGUUUCAAGAUGCACAUUCACACACUCGUACACACAUGCAUACUGCCAAAACUGACACAGCCUGUUUGUCGCACUCCCAACCAUGACUACAAGCUCAAAUGUGAAGAACUUUUUUUAGUUUUGCUUUGUUUUAUACAUGUAAGAAUUUUUUUUUUCUUCUUCUUCUUGGUUUCCACAAGCUGAUGGAACACCGGAGUACUUUUUGUCCUGCCACAAAUUGGGACUUCACACACUGCCGAGAGGUGCUCUUGUGAAAGAAAGGAGACCUAAACAAACACAAAUUGAAUCAAGGAUUUGUGCCUAAUUGUUACAUGUUUUCUAUUUGACAUUUAAGCAAAUUGCUUUACAUGUGAGGAACAUUUAUUGUGAGGGAUUGCUUAUGUGUAUGAGCAAUUAUUUUUAAUGUAUGUCAUUCCCAGCGUGAUGGUACAGUCUUACAUAUGUUAUGUAACCAAGCCCAUAGUCGAAGUUGAAUUGUCUAAAUUCAGUGACCUUUUCUUGAUCUUAUCAGCAAACGUUUGGGGAAGGCAAUGGAAAGGUCACAAGGGAAAGGUCAAAGUUUUGACAGUCCAAAAGCAGCUUAAGAAAGACGGGAACUCUGACCCCAGAGGCAGUCUCUGCCUGAAGCCCGGUCUCCUCCCACAAGGCGCAUCUGGAGACUUGGAAUAGAAGACUCCUUCCUUGAAGGUUAUGAAUUAUCCAGUCUGUCAACUACAAAACUGUUCUUCCUAUUUGUUGACCACGAAUUCUAGAGUUACUCCAGUAAUCCCUUGUCAUAGGUUCAGGUUUUUGUACUGCUUUAUGUACUAAAGCAUACACAGACGAGACAAAGCACAGUUGUAUAGGUUUAGGCUGGACGUUAAGUGUCGACCUGUUGUGCAUUUCAGUCCCUGAAAGUCUUGCAUAAAAGCCAUUUGAGACACUUGCUAAGUGAUCAGCACCACUUAGUGCUCUUACUUACCUGAAAUGGUUUACUGAAAAUGCCAGCAGACUUAACAGCUCAAGAUCCCCCCUCCCCUCUUGAAUCGAUGUUUGAUAGAAGACAACAAAAAAUUAAAAAAUCUGGGUUCCUUUUUUUGACGGCGGGAUCUCAUCAGUCCACAGUUGUUUGAAGCAGACAAGCCUUUGUGUAACGGAGGCUUUCCUUUUCCUAAAUGAGCAUUCCCACUGAAUUACAGCCCCUCACCUUCCUCCUGAGUAAGUUUGUCGUCAUGUUUCUUACUGAGAGAAGUGUGAUGUGUAAAUUCACUUCAUACAUUACUCUGAUAUGUUUCAUUUUUCAAAAUUAAAUAUAUAUAAAAAUAUAUAUUUUUUUGUUAGUCUAUACAUUGUAGAUUUUUUACAUAAAUGGCAAUAUUAGUUUGAAGUUUAGAGUGUAUUGUAGAUGAGCUGAAUAAGGGGAUAUUUGACAUUUAAAGUGAAAUUGUUCAUAAAAAAAAAAUUAAUUCAAAAUUGAACCUGGAUGGCAAAAUGACAAGGGUCAACAGAUGAAAAAUGUUGAAAACGUUUGGUGUAUCCUUUAUUCCAGUUUUAGUUGUAAGGCUUAUCAUCAGCUACCCAGAUUAAUUAUUUCUUUCCAUUUGGGGGUUUGUGGACAGCGUGUGUGUGCCACAGUCCUGUUGAAGUGUUCUUACUUUAGCAGUGAGGCACUGAGGAAAAAUGUGGGAAGGGAUUUUUGUCUCUAACAGUAAUUAUGCAACUGGUUUUUGAAUGUAGCUACCAUACAAAUGUGGAUCACUUUCAUUUUCAAAGUUGUGUUCCUUUUUUUUUUUUUCUUUUUUUUCUCAGUACAGUAUAGUAGUUUUCAUUUCACCUUUUUUCUAAUGUCUGCCCUCAAUCAAGUGGCUCUCAGUGUGCAGCUCACUUUCUAGUAAGCCUGCGCAUUUAUUUUGGCGGCAGACAUGGGUAUUUGGGUGUAAGGUAAAGGAUAAAAUGGAGAACAAAACAGUGUUAUUGUGAUGUUAUUCCCAUGUCAUGUCAUGUUGUGAAUGGUUUUUACCAACAUGUAAUCACAAAUGGGAGGUAGAGCAUUUUGUGUGUUUAAUUUCUACAAAAAGAGAUGAAGAAAAAGACCUAUACAAAUCAAUAGUGUGGCCUUUUCAUUCUCAAGACUUAAGAUGACAUGAUGGGAGAGUGAUACCUUAUCAGUGCCUGAACUUGUAUUUUCAUUUAAGACAGUUUUAUUUUGUGAACCAUAUCAUUUCAUUUAUCAUGGAGAUUAAAGAGGUACUUGUUCAUUCCCCCACCCUCCCUUCUCCUAAUGCUUUUUUCAAUUUUCAGGAAGAAGUUUAAAUGGUAUAAAGAGAUUUUCUUUCAGUGUAUCUAGUUAAAUAAAUAAAUGUUACGUAGAUCUUGUUUAGUUUUUAUUCCUUUUUUUUCUAAUUAUUCAACUGGAUUAUAUUGUCCAAACUGCUGUUUUAGUUAAGGUCAUGGGUCCAGGUCAUGAGUUUUCUUUCUAUCUGCCCUAUAUUGCUAAAUCAAUUUGACAUUACGGGGUUCAAGAGAUGCUGCUUUUGGCUCUGAUUGUCUGCUUUUGAUGCACAUUAACAUGUUUCAGUGUAUGUGUUGCUUCAAUUUCAAAUGUAGGGGAGUGAGUUUUAUUUUUCUGUAGUAGCUGGAGCUUCUAUUGACUUGGAGCAAUUUAAAUUCUGUAUAUCAGAGUGCAAGCCCUUUGCUGCAGUGACUUUCAGUAUAUUUAGUCUCCAGUGACAAUUUUUCACCUCUGACCUUUUACUCUUCCAGCUCUUUGACGGCGUUGACGGUGACUUUUUGUGAGAAGUUCUUAUCACUUCUUUCAAAGAGUUGUAUUUGAAGUUUUGCUUUUUAUUAUUACAAGAUCAAUAAGUGUAAUGGAUAUUGCCGAUCUAUCUGUUCCAAGGGAAACUCUGACUUGAUGUCAUUUAGUAUUCUGUGAACAUCCCAUUAGCCUACAACACAUGCUCAAAUUAUUUCUUUGGGGGAAAAACCUUUAUUUCUUAAAACAAAUCUUUUGACAUAGACACAGUUUGAAAAUCUGCAGAAAAAGCAACCCGACUACUGCAGGAGCACAUAAUGUCAACAGAAAAUUACAAUAUUACGAUGGAAAAUGUUCAGUUGACGGGCUUGAACUUGUUUUUGGUAUCAGAAAGCAGUAAUAAAACACUUGCUUUCAACAAUUUUGUCAUAUCUUUGUUGAAUUAAAAAAGGGGGGGAGACUAUUGAGUGUUAUAUACAUUCACAGGUACAGAGCCUGACAUCAUGGAGUGAGGACGCUGACUCCUGCAGGGUCCUCAGAGUGCCUCACUCAAUCUUUCUCUCGCUCUCUCUUUCUCUCUCUUUUUUUUUAUAUAUAUAUAAAUCUAUAUAGUUGAGAACUGUCCUGUAUAUAACAGUAAUGUAGCAAUAAAUGUGCCAUUUUUAAUAACAGAUUAUACCUUUUCCAAUGUCUGGCUUUUGAAUAUUGUAUACAUAAAAAGGAAAAAUAAAGGAAAACAUUGUAAUAAAGGGUU